GAAACCUCUGAGGAAGGUUUCCAAUGCCUUGUUACAUCUGCUCCAUGUAGAAUUAAGGCAGUUCUGCAGGGGAUUCUACUGAUACUAGAACGGUGUACCAUGUGUAUUUCUUUUCAAAUAUAAUAGCUUCUAAUACACGUAAAGUAUUCAGUUUUGUUUGUCAUGGAUACCAAGCUAAUUAAUUCACAUAAGGGAUGUCCAGACACACACACUUUUGUCCUGCUUUACAGUGUCUUCUGAGAACAACAUGUACUCAGACCCAGCACGGACUGAAUGAAUGACUGUGUCCUCCAUCCUGCCCAGAGCCACAAAUCAUGCUGACUGACUGGGAGAAAAACAAAGCUUGAGAGCCAAGAUGCAGGCAGAAACAGACACUUCUUCAAAGGUGCAAAAAAUUCUCCGGAUUCUAUUGCUUCUAUAUUUUGGUUUCUUUAAUGCAGGUAAGGUGCUGGCAGUAAAUAUGACUGUCCCUAACACUCUGAUCAGAGGAGCAGUUGGAGGUGAGGCCCUUCUCUCGGUCCAUUAUCAUAGUUUCAGCUUGGACCUGCCCGUCAUCAAGUGGCAGCUCAAGAGGGAAAAGUCUGUCACUGUUGUCCAGUCGAUUGGAACGGACAUCAUUGGAACCCUUAGGCCUGAGUAUCGUGACCGCAUCCUGGUAUUUGAGAAUGGUACUCUGCUUCUCCACAACCUCAGACUCUCUGAUGAUGGAACUUAUGACGUGGAGAUCUCCAUUACCGAUGAUAUCUUUCCAGGAGAGGGCAGCAUAACGCUCACUGUGGAUGAGCCUAUUUCCAGGCCCUAUAUCCACAUGGAGUCUUCAUCAGUACUGGAGCUCAGUGACCAUGUCAUCCUCAACUGCUCCCAUGACAACGGAACCAAGACAACAUACAGGUGGUUCAAAGGUGGAAAGCCCCUGAGCAAUCAGACAAGGUUCUUGAUGUCACCUGAUCAACAGCUGUUGACCAUUACAAGGGUGCUGAUGGCAGAUGAUGACAUGUACAGCUGCCUAGUGGAGAAUCCCGUUGGCAAUAUGACAAGCCUGCCUAUCAGGCUGGCUGUGUACAGAAGAAGCUCCCUCUAUAUCAUCCUUACCACGGGUGGGAUCUUUCUCCUCGUCACCUUGGUGACAGUAUGUGCCUGCUGGACUCCUAAAAAGUCGAGACAGCAACCCAGAAAGCCUCUCUCCAGGAUUUAUGACCACUCCCACCACACAUCUGUCAAUCACUGUGAUGGAGACGUGUCUGAGUUGGAUUCACGUCGUAUGCAGCUGUGACCACACCUCGCCUUUUCCUCUCGUCCUUUGUUAUGAUGGGCUCUUCAGUUCCAGUCCUUAAGGACCACAGUCCUGCAGGUUUUAGAUGUUUCCCAUCUUCGACACACAUGACUCAGACUACUUUGGUUGUUGUUGUG